AUGACAAGAAAAAGAAACUGGGGAGAAACGGAUACUAUAGUCCUAACUGAGGAGUGUAGUGCCAUUAUACAAAAGAAACUCCCCCAGAAAAUGAAAGACCCAUGGAGUUUCCAAAUCCCCUGCAUCAUAGGGGAUAUCACUAUUGAGAAGGCCUUAUGCGACUUGGGGGCUAGCAUCAAUCUCAUGUCUUUGAACAUGAUGAGAAUGAUGAGAAUUGAGAAAGCCAAACCAACAAGAAUGACACUCCAACUAGCUGACAGAACAUUCAAGUUUCUACAUGAAGUAGUGGAAGAUUUAUUGGUGAAAGUGGAAAAAUUCAUUUUCCCACUGACUUUGUUGUGCUGGAUAUGGAAGAAGAGGCCAUUCCUAGCUAUUGUUGGAGCCAUCAUUGAUGUGCAAAAAGGGGAACUAGUCUUGAUAUUACAUGAGGAAAAGAUGGUCUUCAAUGUCUUCAAGGCAAUGAGUUAUUCCAAGGAAUCAAUAGGAGAAUGCAUGAUGGUGGACACCAUAGAAUAA